AUGAAAGUAAGCGUCUGCGACAGAGAGAGUCUGUCGGAAGCCAGAAAUGGCAAGUCAUCAUCCAAAUGCGGUGGCCGGCUCACUUCAUUGCAUGGAAUUCAUUGGAGAGUAUCGCGUGGUAUAACGCAGCAAGAAAGCCACAUCAACUGGAUUUUGACCUGCAUUGAUCCAACUCCUAUCGCAUUCUUUAGACACAUAUUCCCAUCACAUAGAGUUCAAGCAACCAACAAAUAUCAUAAUUUGCUCAACUUGGCCAUACGUCAAACAGGUGAUUGUGAAUUACGAGACAAACUCAAGAGAAUGAAAGAAGUUGUGGAUGAAUCAAGAAUGCUACAAGACUGGGAAACAUGGAUGCAGGAGAAAGCUGCGAUCCUAGUUCGUCGUUCCAUACGCAAUACAAGCAUAAACCUUCACGAAGAAAUAAACUCUUUAGCACGAAACAAGAAUGUGCAAGUGGAACACGAGGAAGAACACAUUGAUAACGAGAAUAAUGAAGAUGACAAGGGUGACGAGGAUGAUAAUAAAGAGAAUGGAAGUGAUGAAGACAAUGAUGACGAACAUGUAUCAUUUGUUACUAACAUUUUUCAAGAGACGGUUACUGCAUCAGCAAUUGACAAAAAAUUAGCAGAUAUCUUCAAGUCCUCCACUGGUGUGGGAUCAAUUAUGGAUCUGCGUCCAUUUUCGAAAUUUUCAUUGGCUAUUGACGCAGAUCUGCACGAAAAAAUUUUGCAUCAAGUCUUUGAUUCUAUUGAUGUGCUUAUCACCGAUGAACUGCAUUCCUUUUUGACAGACUUUUUCAAUUCUGAUCAUGGUCCAGAGGGAUGGGAUAUUGCAGUAGAGUCAUUACAUGUUAGUAAUACAGAGCAUGAAAUUAUUGGAAAAACCAAAAAACUGCUUAAACUGACUUUGGUCCAUUUCUUCAAGGCAUUUUCAUUAAAUGCUCUUAAUCCUUUGCGCAACCUUGAGACAUUAGAGAAACCUUAUCUAAAUCGAUUUGUGCAUCCAAUAAUUGAUGCAGCACUUUGGAUAUUUGGGAGAACAAACUAUAUCUAUGGAGAGAUUCCUUUACAAACAGAAAAAUCACACAUUCGUGCAGAUGGAGUAGGCUAUAUGAAUGAUGUCACCAAUUAUCCUCUCAUUUGUGGUGAGGGAGCAAGGCCUAGGGCUUCUAGAAAGAAGCAAGAUGAAGAUGAUAUAAAGAAUGCUGUUAGCAUGGUCCGUCUUUACAAUAAUAUCAUUAUUGCAGAAGCAAAUGCUCGACAUCGAUUGUUUGCUGAUUUGCGAAUUUAUGGAUUGACAGCCUACAAAAUUGAAGUAUCGUUGACAAUGCUUGACUUUCGUGAUACAUAUAGAUUAUUUGAAGUUGAUCACUAUUCUCUGCCAAGAGACUGGUCAGAUAUGCCUAAAUUUGUGUACAUGUAUGAGGCAAUUAUAAAGUGGGUGUUGUGUGUCUGCUUAACGAAAGCUGGUUUGAUUGCUAAUAGAAAAAAGAGGUGUAUGACACGUUACUCUGAAGUGCGAAUUACUAAAAAAUUGGCACAACUUAGAGAGUCAGAAAUUUGGCUUGAUAAUUGA